AGGCCGGAGCAAUCGCUGCCGGAGCGGGGCCGCCCGGGGAGAGCCCGGCAUGGCCGCUCCCUCCGCCUUUCCCCGCCGGCUGGUGCAUCUCGACCUCAAAGGGGCCCCGCCCAGGGUCUCCUACCUGGCCGAGAUCUUCCCUCUCUUCCGUGCCCUCGGGGCCAGCGGCCUGCUGGUGGAGUAUGAGGACAUGUUCCCCUAUGACGGCCCCCUGCGCCUGCUGCAGGCCACCUAUGCCUACAGCCCCUCCGAGAUCCAGGAGAUCCUACUCCUGGCCCAACGGCACGAGCUCGAGGUCAUUCCCCUGGUGCAGACCUUCGGACACAUGGAGUUUGUCCUGAAACACAAGGAGUUCUCUCACCUGCGGGAGGUGGAUGCGUUCCCCAAUGCGCUGAACCCCCACCAGGAGGAAUCGCUGGUGCUGGUCGGCACCAUGAUUGAUCAGGUGAUGGCGCUGCACAGAGGCGUCCGAUGGUUCCACAUUGGGUCCGACGAGGUGUACUACCUCGGCGAAGGGGAGGCUUCAAAGCGGUGGCUGCAGCAGGGGCAGAACGACGUGGCAAAGCUGUGCCUGAUGCAGGUGGCGGCAGUAGCCCGGAGGGUGCUGGCCGCACACCCGACCGUGAAGCCCAUCGUGUGGGAUGACAUGCUCCGGGGCAUCGGUGAGCAAAGCCUCGCAGAGUCAGGGAUCGCCCAGUUGGUGGAGCCCAUGAUCUGGGACUACAUGGCUGACCUAGAUGUGGAGGGCAAAGUGGCCCUCAUGGAUAAGUACCGGCGCUGUGGAUUCACCAAGCUGUGGGCGGCCAGUGCCUUUAAAGGGGCCACCGGAGUCAACCAGUCGCUGACGCCCAUCGGCCACCAUCUUAGAAACCACGUCCAGUGGCUGAAGGUCGCAGACCGUGGACCCGUGGGCAUGCUUCAAGGCAUCGCGCUGACCGGCUGGCAACGGUACGACCAUUUCGCCGUGCUGUGUGAGCUGUUGCCCGUGGGGAUCCCGUCCCUGGCCGUGUGCCUACAGACACUCCAACACGGUACGGGAGGCUAUUCUGAAAAGGUCAAGGAUGUGGCAGGAAAACUCUUGGGAACGUCAAAUCUGGAGGUUGAUGUUUUCAUGAGGGAUGAUUCCGGGACCUUUCCUGGCAGCGAUGUCCUCGCCUUGGUGACCCAGAUCAGCUUCCACCUGCGGUGCUCCGUGGAAGAGCUGCUGGAGAGGAACAGGUACGUGACAGGCUGGUUCAGCCCCUUCCAUCGAAAGAGGAAGCUGAUUCACCCGGUCAUGAUACAGCACUUCCAGCCAGAGGCGCUAAGCCUUCUGGCCCAAUGGGAGGCGGUCCGGCAAGAGCUGCAAGUGGCCCUGGAGCGGAUCCUGUACCCGGAUGCGGUGGAGGAGUGGAUGGAAGAAAAUGUCCACCCCCUGAUCCAAAAGCUCCAGGAUCUGCUGCGGGACUUGGACAGGGCAAUGGAGGCCACCCACACCUGAGCCCCGGAGCUGUCGGGUCAGACCAAAUCCUGGAGACUGUGGCCGGUCCCCCGAGGCCCAGUGCCGGCCGGGGGCUGACCACCCCAGCUCCAGCGCCCACUCUGCGAGCACGUUGGGGAACGCAGACCCUUGGACCCCCUCAGCGGGCCAGCCGUGAUGCCAGACUGAGUAGAGAGUUGGUGGGGGGAUGGAGGGCGGGAGGUUGGUCUCGACCCAGGUGUUGUGGUCUGUCCCUUGGGGAUCUGGGGAAGUAAAACCACUUAGCCGGUGGCAACUUUCUCUCGGUGCAGGACUCGGGGACCCAGUCACCACGGGCAUCCCAGGCCCCAGUCAACAUCCUUUUUAUGCUCCUCCUCCCCCUCACCAGCCCAGGCCUGCAGCCACCCCCUCCCCCAUCCCCCUUCCAACUCCCACUCACCACCUGUCCCAGCCUACACGAAGAUAGGUGUGGGUGGGAUCCAGGGUAGGCUGUCGGGACCUGGUGGGCAGGCUGCUCCCGGCCCUGCGAGCCCCAACAUCAGGACAGGAUGGGAGCAGCUGGCGGGCAGGGUGCACCCCCCCUGCCCUCUCCCUAGCUGUAGUAGUGCACUAGGUCUUAGGGCGGGAGCAGGGGAGGGAGGGAGGUGUCAGGAAUAUAACCAUCGCCCCCCCACACCAUCCUGGGAGAUAAAUCCUGCUCAAAUAAAUCCAUUGCGCUCCUCCA